ACGACUGAUUCUCCCAGCGACCACCAGGAGUAUCUCAGCUUUCCUUCACUGACUUUUUCCAACCGGGACUAUGAUGAUCCCAAGCGUCCUCGCGCCACCAGCGCUGUACCCGGGGCUGUACCGGCCCGCCGCUCUGCCGCUGCACCAGACCCUGCCGUCUGUCUUCCCCUCCCACUCCAGCUUCCUCGUUGAGGACCUGCUGCGGAUAAGCCGCCCCGCCGCCUUCAUAAACCGGACUGUCCCAUCAGUGAGCGCCACCCUGCCCACAGCCACCACCACCUUGUCCUACUGCGGCGUGCCCGCGGAGCGCGCCGUGGCCACAACUGCGAUGACGCGCGACUCGUGCUCGCCCAAAACGUCACUGCCGAGCAGCAAGGACCCGACUUUUCUCAAGUUUGGAGUCAGCGCGAUCCUUGCACCUUCACCAAAGACAUCGUCCUCUCCCGCUACAAUCCACAGCCUGCAUUCCAAGACUUUCCCCUUCCCCUGCUUUGAUGGAACCUUUCACCCCAUCUUCAGGACGCCUUAUUUACCAGUGUCUUCAUCCGUUGUUCCCAUCCCCGGGACUUUUUCGUGGCCCCUGGCAGCCAGAGGGAAACCCCGCAGAGGGAUGCUGAGGAGGGCUGUGUUCUCAGAUGUGCAGCGCAAAGCUUUGGAGAAAAUGUUCCAGAAACAGAAAUACAUCAGCAAGCCCGACAGAAAGAAACUCGCCACCAAACUGGGACUCAAAGACUCUCAGGUGAAAAUCUGGUUCCAGAACCGACGGAUGAAGUGGAGGAACUCAAAGGAACGAGAGCUGCUGUCCUCAGGUGGCUGCCGGGAGCAGACUCUGCCCACCAAAGCCAAUCCGCAUCCGGACCUCAGUGACGUUGGCAAGAAGUCCUCAGCCGAGGAUGAUGAGGAGGAGGAGAUGGAACAGUUUGGAAGAGAGAGAAUGAGGGCGGCAGGGUCUAGCAUCAGCUCUCCAUCUCUUUCCAGUAAGCACUCGGACUUCUCAGAGUCAGACGAAGAAGAAAUAACAGUAUCUUAAUUUAUUUUAAAAAGGGAAUAUAAAGAUUAAAUAACUCAUAAGAGACUGUGAACCGGUUUGUAUGAAACUGCCGGCCUCAAACAAGAACACAUAAAUGUCUGUAAAAAAACAAAACAAAACAAAAUGUUCGACUCCACUUUGUCACUUCAUCUGCGCAUGCGCACUGUACAGGCUCUGUUUCUGAGACACAGUUUGCUGUUUUGCACAGCUUUGUUCUAUUGUACAGUAUUUUGUACAACUUUGUAUGGAAAUUUUAUGCCAAGAUUAUUGAGUUACUUUUACCUUGACCUUGAAUAGAGUUGUUUAUUGGAAAGAUGUAGUUAUUUCGUUAAUAAUUUAUAUGAAUUUGUUUGUUGUAUCAUGUGCUGUAUAUAUGUCUAUUCCACACUUUUUGUACAAAUACCAAAUAAAUUGUGAACAAUUGCAA